AUGGAAUUAAACUAAUUGGGCAAAGGAAUUAAACAAAAAGAAAUAUCAUUAAAGAAAAAGGGCAUUUUAAUUGAAGAUAUAUCUAAAGAAAUAGAUUAAUUGAAAAAGAGAAUGAUAACUCCAAUAAAUUUAUCAAUUUAAUCAUUAAAUCUAUAAUGGAACAUAUAAUUUAAAGAUUUGGCUCUAGAGGAUCGAAACAAUUUUGAAGAAGCAAUUCGGAUUUGCGAUUAGAUCUUAUAAUCAGACUAACUAAAUAUUCAAGCCUUAUAUAAAAAAUCUUCAUUUAACAUUAAAUAUUAGCAAAGUUUUUAGUUUAAGUCUAAUAUUAUAACUUAUCAUUUGUAAAUUAGGAUUAGACAAAAGAAGCAAUACCGUUAAUAGAUCAAGUUUUACAAAUCAAUGCCAACUAUGUGCUUGCUCUUAAUUUAAAAAGGCCUUUGAAUGUCUAUAAAUUAUGAGGGGUGACUCUAAAGAAAAACAACGAUACUUUGAAGAAUCAAUUGAAUUUUUUGACAAUGCAUUUAAUAUUGAUAACUCUUUUGUAAUAGCUUUAUUUAUUAAAGGUAGGAAUUAUAAUUUAGUUAGGUGGAUGCUUAUAAGAUUUGUAAAAUAAUUAAGAAGCUAUUAAAUGUUAUGAUUUGUCGAUAAAGAUUAUUCUAAAGAAUUAUUUAGCAAAUUAUAAUAGAAGCUCAUAAAUAGUUACAAUAUAUAGGCAUAACUUUAGUUGAUCUUUAUAGAUAUGAAGAAGCUCUAACUAGUAAUGAUCAAAAAUCUUUUUAAAUCUAAUUAUUUAUCUACAUAUUAUAAUCAGGGUAUAUUUUGGUCAUAAUUAGGAAUUUUUUUAGAAUCUAUUAAGAUAAUUUAAGAAUAAACUCACUUAAAAGAAAUAACCAAGCAAUUUUGUGUUUUGAUAAAGUUAUUUCAGUUGAACCCAAUCAUGCUAAAUCAUAUUUAAAUAAUAAUUAUUUUUAUAUUACCUUGUUUUGA